UAGGGACCGGAACCCCUCAUGGCUAGCUCUCGCUUCACCUCGCCUCGCUCCCAGGCCCACCAGCGCUGGGAAGGGAAAGCCAACGCUGAGCGCUGGGGCGGCUUAGCUGGGCGGGGCCGGACGUGAGCGCACUUCCGAGGGGAAGGAGCGGCUUAGACGGAGGACUUGCGUCUGUGGCGGAGGCCUGGCAAGGAUGGCUGCUAAAAGUUUGACCCCCAAGACACCUGUGUUAUCUAUCAGUGCAAGAAAAAUUAAAGAUAAUGCAGCAGACUGGCAUAAUUUAAUGAUGAAAUGGGAGACUCUGAAUGACAAGGGUUUUACUACUGCCACCAACAUCGUGAACAUCAAAAUCACCACAGAGUGUAAAGGCAGCAAGUUGGAAAUAGAGCAUGAUAAUACUACAUCUGAGUCUGAAAGACAGCCACUUGAGUACAAUAUAGAAUUGGAGGCGUGCUGUAUAGAACUACUCGGGAUCUUCGAAGACAUGAAAAAAGUACAUCAGAAAAUGGAAAAAUUAUGUUCAACAACUAAAGGGAUCUGUGAAUUAGAAGCAUAUCACGGAGAUCGCAAGAUGCCAUUUUUCCACACAUGGCCCACUCCUUAUUUCUAUGAAGUUUCUGUGAAGCUCUUAGACAUGUACUCAAAGGAACUAAAACUCAAGCAAACCAUUGUGCAAGAGAUUGCUCAUACUGCUGACCAAGAUCUCCUGAUGGUCUACUUGUCGUCAUGGUUAUACCAGCCCUACAUAGAGAACACCAACAAAGUACUGCUAGAAAGUAUGCUCUUGGAAACAGGACACAGGCUGGUCUAACCUUCAUAGUUAUGUUAAGAUCACCUUAGAGUUGUAUUAACAUUAAGUCUUGAACUAUUGUUAAUACAUGGUUUAAACAGUAUUUUAUUAAUUUAAUUUUUGUAUUGUAUUUAGUUCUAGCUUUUUAAUAAAAUACAACUUUGGUGUUU